AUGGAUCCAGUUGAAAAAUUGACUUUUGAUAAAAUUGAAAACAUACAAAUAUGGUCCAUAAUUAAGGAUGCAACACCGAACUACAUAUUCACUACUAAAUGGAGAUCAGUGAAUUGGAACUCUGUCAACGAUAAAACUGUUCUCAGUCAAGUAUUGGAAUUGAGAUUUUGCACUAAACACGGAUUGACAAAUAUUAUUGAAAAAAUAACAAAACAAUACAAAGUUAACUAUCCAAGAUCUUACAAUAUAACAGAUCGAGAAAAGUUAAACGAAUUUAUUAAAGACUAUAGACUAACAGCGCUUAUGAGUUCAUUGAAAAGUAUAUUGGAGAUGAGGUUAACAAAAAAUCCUAAAUUCAACCCUGAUGGAACAAUUCCAUAUGAAAUGAUUGACUUCAUUGAACAGCGAAGUUGGGAAUUUAUAAACGCUCAUCGUCUAAACAAAAUAAAUGAGAUCCCGUGGUUAACAGUUGAACAAGAGGGUCGUUGGAAGCAAUUUAUGAUUUGGUACACCAAAUUAUUGGAAGAAAAUGGUACGAUACGACUAACGAACUCAUUUCAAAUAAACAAUACUUAUGAGCGGUUCACAUAUUUGGUCCAGAAACUGAGAACACAUACUCUUCAGUUUGACAUUGACGGAAGUAGAAACAUAUGGAUAAUUAAGCCGUCGUCCAGUUGUUCUGGCUAUGACAUUAAGUUAGAAAAAAAUGUUGAUAAAAUCUCAAAAUUAGCGUUACCUGCUAGUAAAAUUCAACACUACACCAUUCAAAAGUAUAUAGAAAAUCCGUUAUUGAUAUUCAAUGUGAAAAUCGACUUGAGACAAUACUUUUUAGUAACUAAUUUCAAUCAAAACAAGUUGUGGAUGUACAAGGAAGGAUAUAUACGGUUUUGUUCAAAAGAAUAUUCAAUUACUGAUUUGAGUGAAAAUAUUCACUUAAGUAACGUUCGGAUUCAAUCCAAGUAUAGAAAGUAUAGGGCUCAGUUUGUUCCAGAAGAAUGCAUGUGGAGCUUUGAACAAUUUAAACAAUACUUAGCUUCAACUAACAAUGAAAAUAAGUGGGAUAAUUUAAUAUACCCGAAAAUGUGCGAAACACUUAUAUCAGUUUUUCAAUACUCAAAUAUGACCGUUAGCAAUCGAUUUUCAUUCCAACUAUUGGGAGCUGACUUUGUACUGACAACAUCUUUAGAGCCUUGGCUUAUUGAAAUAAAUAGCAAUCCAGGAUUGAAUCCAACCACAAGCAUAAUUUCAAAAAUUGCAACAAGACUAUUGAAAGAUAUCGUGAAAGGUUCAUUAAUGCAGUAUUACAAAUGUUUAUUUUGCAACUAG